UUGCUAGUAUUUCCGAAGGUAAGACUUUGUGGAAGACGUCUAGACCCUGUUCUGACUGUCUUCGCCAGAAAACUUCGAUAUGGCUGCAGCUGCCAGUGCGUUUGCCAAAAACCCGGCCCUCGUUUCUCUGAUUCAGGGUAGGCUGGGAUCGCUUGUUGGACGUUCGUCUGGCUACAUUGAGUCACUGCCGCUUCCAGUACGCCGCCGCGUUGCCGGGCUCAAGGGUAUCCAGAAGGAGCAUGCCAAGCUUGAAGCCGAGUUUCAAGAGGAAGUAUUACAAUUAGAAAAGAAAUACUUCCAAAAGUUUACACCUUUAUAUCAGAGACGCUCAAAUAUCGUUAAUGGAGCCGUUGAGCCUACUGAGGCCGAGAUCGAGGCUGGGAAGAGCGAUGAGGAAGAGAAGGAUGAGGACAAGGAGGAAAUUCAGCCAGAAGCCGAGCCUUCUGCUGAAGAGUCAAAGAUGACUGGCGUGCCAGAGUUCUGGCUGUCUGCCAUGAAAAACCAAAUCUCUCUGGCCGAUAUGAUAACAGAUCGCGAUGAAGAAGCCCUCAAGCACUUGAUUGAUAUUCGCAUGGAAUACCUUGACCGUCCCGGAUUCCGCUUGAUCUUCGAAUUCAGCGAGAAUGAGUUUUUUACAAACAAAACUAUUUCCAAGGCAUACUUUUACCAAGAGGAAAGCGGCUACGGUGGUGACUUCAUCUAUGAUCACGCCGAGGGCGACAAAAUCGAAUGGAAAGCUGAUAAGGAUCUGACUGUCCGCGUGGAAAGUAAGAAGCAGAGGAACAGGAGCACAAAGCAAACUCGCAUAGUCAAAGUCACUGUGCCUACAGAAUCAUUUUUCAACUUCUUCUCCCCACCAAAGCCCCCUGGGGAGGAUGAUGAUACAGUUGCGAGCGAUAUUGAAGAGCGAUUGGAGCUUGAUUACCAGCUUGGUGAAGAUAUUAAGGAAAAGCUGAUUCCUCGUGCUAUUGAUUGGUUCACUGGCGAAGCCCUCCAGUUCGAAGAACUUGGCGAGGAUAUCGACCCGGAGGAUUUCGAGGAAGACGAAGAUGACGAGGACGAGGACGAUGGGGAUGAUAGGAGAUCCGAAGAUGGCGAUGAGGAGUCUGAUGAAGAUGUAUGCUUCACCCCCCAAUCUUCAUACCAAUUUCAUAUCAAUACUGACCAUAACCAGGAUGGUUCCUCAAAGCCUAAAAAGGAAGCUGCAGAAUGCAAAACCAGCUGAAAUUCCACACAUGAAUUGAAUACCAUGACUGGGGGCUGAAAAGCAGUCUGUUAGGCUUUCAGCUUUUUAUUGACCCUUCUUGUUUUCGCUUUUUACGCUCAAAGCAUAAUACAAUUAAUUUGUGUUCGUCUCCGGUUCAGAAACCAUUAUCAAUAGAUAGCAUCAGAGCACUGCCUCGGCAAGA